UAAUUCUCCUCUUUUCGAUUAAUUAAUUAUCUCUGGGGGCAGUGCGUGUUUGUUAUUGAUUUAUGAUUAAUUUGCAUUCGCUCCGAGACGUAAGACAGUGCGUGUUACCUGUUGCACAUGCAAUCAUUGCAUAUUCUACACGAGUCUUCGACAAUCAUUGCGAACUACGUCGUUCGCCUACAACUGAUUCCAUUUUUAAUUAAGAUCGCACAAUCGUGGAAAUGAGAACUACUACGAAACCGUGAAAAAGAUCUGAAGCUACUGCAAUGCUCUUGGCAGAACUUCUUGUUAAUCGUGUCGUAAUUAAUUAUACAAUUAUUUUGAUAAUUAAUCUAAGUCGCAGUCGCCAUCUUUUUACCGGUUGAUACAUAGCGACCGGACGCCUUUCUCCGGCUGCAAGAACGAUCAAUCUUAAGUACAGCGAUUUCGUUUCUUGCGAGACGGAAUUCACCGUCGCGUCGGCUACGCAGAAUGAAUUGCAUAUUGUAUUCCCAUUGCGAACACGGGAACGUUUCUUUUCUCGCUGCCACUGGAUCAUCCGCGAAGAGUCUCUUCAUGCGUUCGCGAUUUUAUAAAAGACCCGAAAUCCAUGGGAUAAAACGCAACCUUCGGGAAUGCUUCGCAGGUAUAAUCCUCGAAAAUGCCGGGAGCAUGAGCGAAUAAGUAUUGGAUACGUUCCUCGAUAUUCGCGUAAGUUUGUCCUUGCGAAUUUGAAUUAACUCUACGAAUUUUCUGCAUAUUUACUUUCGCCUAUUUCCCGAUCUCUCUGACAUGUACAAGCAAUGCUAAAAAGUUGUCGUAAUAUUUGGAAGACAGAAAUCGUUUCGUUUGAAGAAACAGCAUUUUAUAGAUUGAAUUUUUCAGAGAAUUAUUACAAUUACGAUCGCGAAUUAAAUUUGAAUGCAGAUACGUGUACACAGAUAGUAAACUGGAACGGGGCGCGGGAACUGACGUGACUCGGUGGGAAAUUUACACUGCAUUAACCUUUGUAUAUACGAUUUCACUGUUGAAAAAGCUAAUGGCGGUAACGUGUGUCCUUCUGAUUUACACGCGAGCCGGGCGAAUAUAACGCGCGUAAUUACAUAAAGACAACGCGAAGGAGGAUGAAAAAAGGUGCCGGGCGGCCGGGUAAAUGCCGGAGCUGUCGCGCGAGACGAAAUUUCAACGCCGCAUUCUUCACUCAGAAUUAUAACGUCGUUUUGCAUAUUUCCAUAUUCAGGUAUCACCGCGUUGUUACUCAGACGACGAAAGAACCAUUCAAAGAAAAUGCAUAUCAUUCCAUUGCUAUUAAUUACGGGUAUUUUAAAACGCGUCUGAAUAAAUCCCAAGGACAGAGAGCAAUGAUACUAAUUUUCCACCCGGUCCAGAAUUGGUCAUUCUCUGUCGUUUUCACUUUAUCAUUAGAAAUCUUCGCUGAAUACAAGAUACGCUUUUGAGAUAUUCGCGUCACGAGAGUUACUCAAAAUGUCGUCAUUAUUUUCCUGACAUUUGCCACCGAGACACAACAGUUUCCCGCGAUAAACUUUUCUUACAAUGUCUACGAGGCACGCGAAGUCGCCGGGAUACGUAGUAAGCGGCGAAAUGACGCGUGUGUCUCGGAUAAAAUAAAGGAGAGACGCGGUCGUAUCAUUGCACCCGUAUAUAUUCCAGAAACACGCAGGGGGGGUAGGGUAGGUACUCACCCCGGGACAGUUCAAAAGAUAGUGGCUCACGAUAGAGUCGAUUCGGCUCGCUAAGUGUAUGUAGAACCGGGAAAGCGGAAGGUCCGAAGGGAUAAGGAGAUGAUUCCUGUCUCUAAGAGGGAUCCCGCGCUUCCCACGGGAGGACCCCGAGACCCAAGACGUCUGCGUCCCUUUUUUUCCCAUUACAGGAGGAACACUUGUAAUUUCUAUCCAUUUGUCACUCCGUCUCUACUUCCCAUGGAGUCCUUUUCACUUCUGCGAUGAGGGUAACUGCUGACCUUAAGAGCAGUUUUCCUUUAAUUCUGAAAUUGCUCCAGUACGACUCGUUCAUGAUUCAUCGAUCUUCCAUCUUGUAUAAAAAAGAUAACGACGAAGUUGUUCAUCGUGACGACAGCUAUGAAGAUCCUAUCGUCGUUCUAGCGACACUCCUGUUCCGAAUAAAGAUUCUCCGCGAGGGAUUCCAAUGAUACGCGGUGAUCGGUGGGAAGGCAGCCGCAGCACCUCGUCCCUCGCGUGCGCAGACCCGUGGAACCCUUAUCGGCUCCCGGGACGCGCGAGCAAACCGAAAGCUUAGAUAACGGCCACGAGAAUGCCGGACGAAAUCGAAGGAACGAGACAAGUGCAAUCGCGUUUGAAGAUCUCGUGAUCGGCAUCGACGAUUUCCGGAUCCGGGUAGAAAAUGGGCGCGAGGACGAACAGUGAACCAUUGGCGGUCGGGUCCAUCGUGGGGAACAUGGGGCUGGACCGAACCGAUCUGUUGACCGGUAACGAGACCAAGGACACCGCGGCCGUCCGCGAGGAGACCGUUCUCAACGACGUUUUCUCAAGGGACCAGCCGACCGACCAGUUGAGCGUCGAGCAGCUGGGUUGGUACAACGAGUCGACGACGACGGUCGGCUCGUUCUCCUCGUCGUCCUUCUCGCCGACGCCCGACAAUUACACCGGCAUAUCGGACCUGUUCGUGUUCGAGGACCUGAACGAUUACAUCAACCGAUUGAACUACAGCGCGUUCGUUAACCUGACGGCCUACUACGACGGCGGGGCGAAUUUGAGUCUGAACGGAACCGUGAACUGCAGCUCGUCGAUCGGGUCCGGGGACACCGUCAGGCCUGGCGAGUGCGACACGGACGAGAAAACCAACAGCUGGUGGGCUCUGAUCCUCGUGAUCGUACCUUGCUUAACACUCUUCGGCAACGUCUUGGUCAUUCUCGCCGUUGUCCGGGAACGGGCUCUCCAGACCGUCACCAAUUAUUUCAUCGUCAGCCUGGCUGUCGCCGAUCUCCUCGUCGCCGUGCUCGUCAUGCCGUUUGCCGUCUACGUUCUGGUAAACGGAUCGUGGAGCCUGCCGGGUUUCUUCUGCGACUUUUACAUCGCGAUGGACGUCACGUGCAGCACCAGUUCCAUCUUCAACCUCGUAGCAAUCUCGAUAGACAGAUACAUAGCAGUGACCCAGCCGAUAAAGUACGCCAAGCACAAGAACAAUAGAAGAGUGUGGUUGACGAUACUGUUGGUCUGGGCGAUAUCGGCCGCGAUCGGCAGUCCGAUUGUUCUCGGCUUGAAUAACACCCCCGACCGUAUACCGGACCAAUGCCUCUUCUACAAUACGGACUUUAUCAUCUACUCGAGCCUAUCCAGCUUCUACAUACCUUGCAUCAUCAUGGUGUUUCUCUACUACAACAUAUUCAAGGCGCUGCGGAACCGGGCGAGGAAGGCGAGGGCCAAUAGAAAGCCUAACUUAGGGGACAUAAAGCCGGGCAGCAUAAUCGAGAACAUCGCCCACACGCGCAGUGGGUAUUCUGUGGCAAGGUUUGCGGAGACCGCGCUGGGCGCGGCGGCCCUCGUGGCCCCCGGCAUGGAGGAGCCGACGAACACCGCGUCCGGUAGCAACGAGGACGAGGACGAGACGCCCCUUGAUCCCGUCGUGGUCAUAUCGAACGAUAAGAGCACCGAGUUCUUUUUGGCCACCGUCGUCGAGGAAGCAGCUUGUCGUUUCAGCGCAGUGGCUCAAGCCCAGCUGAGCGGAACGCAGAACGCUCGGAAGGAUUCGGGGUACGGGGACGGUGGCGCGGCCAGCAGCGCGGUGGUCCACGAGACCCUCGAAACGAAUUCCAGCCCGAGUCCGAACCCGCGCGUCACCUCGGCACCGUCGUCCUCGACGUCGUCCUCCCCGCCGCCGAAGGGCGCGGCGGCCACGAGCCAGACGUCGCAGCCGAAAAAGAACGGCGGCGCAGAGACGAACAAGCAAGAGUUGAAGAGGUUCAAGAGCACCGGUUCCCUUCUGCCCCUACAGCUUGGACGGACGCCAAGCGUCCUGUCCGCCACGUCUACCUGUAAGAAGGACAAGAAGAACGCCGCAUCGGCUUCACGGUUCACGAUAUAUAAAGCGAACAAGGCGAGCAAAAAGAAACGGGAGAAGAGCUCCGCGAAGAAGGAGCGCAAAGCUACCAAAACGCUGGCCAUUGUUCUGGGUGUCUUUCUCAUCUGCUGGCUACCGUUCUUCACCUGCAACAUCAUGGACGCGAUCUGCACGAAAUUAGCGCUGACGUGUCAACCCGGCGUGACAGCGUUCAUCGUGACUUCUUGGCUAGGCUACAUGAACAGUUUCGUAAAUCCCGUCAUUUACACUGUGUUCAACCCUGAAUUUCGCAAAGCCUUCCACAAACUGGUCAGCUUUUAAACGAGCCGCGACACGGUUCGGGGCUCGAAGUCGUGUUUUAUCUCGGAACGGGGAAACAACGAGGCAUUGGACAAUCGAACAGCUCAACGUUUUUUUCGGCUAGAGGUAUUUAUCGCAGACCUUCCCUCGCAUUCGUAGCAGUAGCUUGAUGGACAACAGCUUUCUCGCGGGCAAUUGUUUUUAAAAUUGCGGAACAAUUAUCAGAAGUUGAAGGCCGGGAGAUUGAGUAAAGAGAAGUUGUUAUUGAAUUGGCCGCGGGAGUUUGUAUUCUUUUGGCCGCAGGAGCUUCAAUCCUCUUGACUAAAAAGCUUUUCCAGUAUAUUUACUGAUUGACGAUUUCAUUUUCUUUCGAGAAUGGACAGUUUUCCUUUAACUGACUCUUAGGGAAACGUAGAUGUCAUGCCUAAUCUAUUGAAUAGAAGAGUAAAUAAUUAAUUGGCGUUUAGUUGAAAUUCGAUACGAUAAUGGAAGAGAAUUCCGUUGCGAGCUUUCCAUGUGUUCUUUAUCGGAAGACCAGAGCAUGGUUCCAUGUUGCCGUUAUCAGUGUCCGACUCCCAAACGAAUAUCGAACCGGAAGCAACGUGCAUCGAUGUUAGAGCUGAAUUACCAAAUAAACACUUAGGCUAAGUAGUCGAAUAAAUGAUACGUACAAGAAAGGUUCUAUGUAUUUUUCUUCUAAUUUCAAUAUUUAACGAGUUAAAUAUGAUU